CAACCCGCUGCAUUUAAAGUUAGAAGUCGGUAUUUUUGGCCUAUGUUUUUAAUGAAACCUCUAGAAAUAAGUCCGUAAUUUAUUUUUAAAAAAACUUAAACUGCCAUGACAACCUUCUUUUUUAAUGUGUAGGACAGUACUUUUCGAAAUAAGUAGAGAAAUCGAUAAUUGUACUUGACGAAAAUGUCAUCAAGUUUAUGCAACGGUCAUAAGAAAUCCUCACAUUCUGAUUUACCUUUUCAAGUGUGUAUUGUUGGUGAAGCACUAAAACAAAAUGAAGCUUUAAUCAAAGCAAUAGAGCAUUUUCAUCUACCUAUAAUAUAUAGUUCAAAUGGGCUUGAAUUAAUUGAUCAAGGUGGUGACUUCACUAAUAUAUAUGUCUUAGAGGAAUUUGAAGGUGAUGUAUUUACAAGUUUACAUAAAGCUGGGCAGCGAAUUUUGGGUCCUACAACUGUGAUGCAGUAUGCAAAGAAGAAUGAGGCAUUACCUAAUAACAUUCGACCUUUGUACACUACAUCUAUGAAAAAUCUCGUAAUUACAUUUUCUGGUUUCCGGUCAAAGGAGGAACUGACUGCCAUGGUGAAUUUGGUUCAUCAUAUGGGUGGUAGUAUACGGAAAGAUUUCAGUGUAACCAAAACUACACACUUAGUAGCAACUCCUACUGCAACUGGUGGUGAAAAGUAUAAGUAUUCUGCCAGUAUGGGCAUUCCAAUUAUGACUUCUGAGUGGAUUUUUCAAGCCUGGGCGAAGAGACAUGAUGUAAAUUGUAUUGCAACAAAUGAAGAGUUGAUGCAGUAUAAAUUAUUACCUUUUGUGGGCUGCAAGUUAGCUUUCCUUGGAUAUUCCAAAGAUGAAGAGCAACACAUGAUUGAAAUAACUUCAAAAAAUGGUGGUGAGGUCUCGGAUGCUAAAGACACAUCUUGCACUCAUAUUGUUGUUGAAGAUGGCUUUAAUCUAGAUUCAGCAGAAUAUAAUUAUGAUGUGUUCAUCUUAAAAAAUGAAUGGUUUUGGGCAUGUAUCCAGAUGGAAGCAAAAGCAGAGGAGAGAAUUUAUAUUUUUGAAAAUAUGUCUUCUUCCACAAUGACAUCUUCAUCAUUUAUCAUGCCCAUAAGGGGUAAUAAGCGCAAAAGACUGGAGAGUGUUGCACAUCAACUAGCUAUUGAAAGUCAAGAAAAUGAAUUAUUUUCUAUGAAUAAUGAUUUAAGGAGGAAAGUAGAAGCUAAAUUGUCUAUUAGUGGAUCAUUUUUAGAUGCUACUUUCUCCCCUGAUAAAUCUCUUGAUUUAAUGUCUCCUGAUAGUAAUGGCAGCGAUAAACGAAUGGCUAGUCCUCUUGAUAUGCGUUCCCUUACUCCUCGACAGCAAGUUUGUUAUGAGUUGUAUCAGACAGAAAGCAAUUAUGUUGGCAUCCUUCAUACCAUAAUGACAGUGUUUAAAGAACCUUUAGAAAAUCCUGAACAAGCUGGAGGACCAUUACUUGCACCAGCAGAAAUAAAAAUUAUAUUUGGGAAUUUGCCACCAUUACUUGAAAUUCAUCAAAAAAUACGUGCUGAAUUAACAGACAUUGUUUUCAGUUGGCAUGAAGAACAGAGUGUGGGAAAUGUUAUUUUAAAUCAUGCACAUGAACUCAUGAAAUGUUACCCUCCAUUUGUGAAUUUUUUUGAAAAAACGAAAGAAGUUUUAGCCCAUUGUGAUGCAACAAAACCCAGAUUUCAUGCAUUUUUAAAGCGAUGUCAGAGCAAGCCUGAAUGUGGUCGACAAUCCUUACAAGAACUUUUAAUCAGGCCUGUCCAAAGACUACCAAGUGUAAUUUUACUUCUAAAUGAUAUAUUGAAGCAUACUCCAAAAAGUAAUGCAGAUCACCAAGCUCUUGAGAAAGCAAUACAAUCUUUGAAAGAUGUUUUAUUGCAUAUUAAUGAAGAUAAACGCAAGACAGAAGGACAAGUGGAAAUGUUUGACAUCGUGAAUGACAUUGAAAACUGUCCAGCAAACUUACUAUCAUCUCAUAGAAGUUUGGUCUGUAAAAUGGACGUACAAGAAAUAACUGAUAUGUUUACAAAGAAGAAUGGUGCAGUUACAAUGUUCCUUUUCACAGAUGUUUUAGAGAUUUGCAAAAAGAGGAACAAAGUUAAUACCAAUUCAUUGAAAAGCCCCAGUGUCACAAGUUUAGCUCCUAAUCCAGCAAAACAUCAGGCAAAAUCCUAUAAACAUUUAGAUUUGAUACCUCUUGCCCAUAUAAAACGAGUUGUAGAUGUUAAUGAAAGUGAUGAAACUAAAAAUGUGUUUGCCAUUGUUUGCUGGUCAAGCAAAGAACUGAAAGAGCUUUUAUAUGUAUUUGUACUGAUUGACGAAAUCAACAAGAAAGAGGUUUUACGUACUCUCUGUCGUCAAGUUGCCAAUAGUGUAUGCAAAGCUGAUUCUGAUAAUUUAAUGGCUAUUCUAGAUCCAGAGCAGUUAGAUUUACAUUCCGUAGAAAAUUCAGGAAAUGCUCUUACAAAAGCUUUAAACAAAACAAAGAACAAGCUUGGUAGGGCUUGGUCCAUGAAAAGAACACCUACGAAAAGAGGUCUAAGUCGAGCUUUUUCUACAAUAAUUAGUCCUCUUACAAACGGUAGUUCAUCAUCUAAUACCAUUUCAACAUUGAAAUUAUCAUCUGUUACAAACCUUACUCAGUUACCUCGAAUGUUACCAGAAGCACUACUACCAUAUAGCAGCCAAUGGUUCAAGACUCCUAAAUCAAAUGCAUCAUUUGAAUCAGAAUCGAGGAGCUUGAUCCUUCGAACUCCGCGAAUUCCAGCCUUACCCCAUCCCCCAUCAAAGGAAAAAAGAUGAAAGGUAGUUCACUGGGAAUAACGUUCGGAAAUUAUUUUUGAAAGUUUUGAAGGGCAUUUUUAUCUUAUUCGAAAAAACAAAAACACUUAUCUUUAUACUAAUUUUUAAAGCUGCUGACAAUCAUUUAUCACUGUGGUUGUAUUGUAAUAUUGUAUCAUUUAUAAUUUCGGUAAGCUCUGGAAAAGCAUUUUUUAAAAAGUUUAGUAUUUUUUUUUUUUUUUUUUUUUAGUAUAAUUUUAAUUUUGAAACCAGUUAAUUGUUUCGUAAAAGUCAAGUUUCUUUUUCUUUGAAAAGAAAAGUAUUGAUAUAAGUUACUGCUAUUUAAAAUGUCAGUGAUAUUUUGAAAAUGUUGAAUAGUAAAUUAUUGUAUGAUUUCGUGGAAAAUUUUUGAGGCAGCUUGUAAAUAUAUUAAAUAACACUGUCUUCCACAUAAAAUGUAUUAUAGUUCUUUUGUAGUUAUAAACAAUCAUAUAGAUAAUUAUAUAUAUAUAUAUUUGGAUCUGAUUAUUCUGCUCUUAUAUAUUGAGUUAAUUUCACAAUUUAUAUUGAUAUUCUGCA